AACGUGAUGAUUAUUUAUCUCAUGUAAGAAGACAAUGGAAGCUUUACAUUGGUUGCAUCUAUCUUCGGAGAAACAACCAUUCUAUUUUUCCUAAUAAAAGUAAUUGAAAUCGUUUAAACUGGCGCUCUUUAUCAGUUAAUUAAGCCAAUUUAUUCGUCUUUAAUAGUAUUUGAUCGUGGGCGGAUCCGGAACGGCUUGCUACAGAGAGCUUAAAGCUUGCUAGUCAGUUCACUGGUAGUUCUCAAGUUGUGAAGUUCUCACUACAUUCAUAGAAAGAUCUUGAAGUGAUUUUGAGUUAUUGAUUUUCUAAACAUCCUUAUUUCUGCAAGUUUUUUUCAGGAUGUCCAGGUCAGAGCCAAGAGACCCUAGAAUAGCACCCAAAGAAAUGAUCAUCACCCGUUUCAAGUCAGCCCAACAGAAGAAGAAACAGCAAGAACAGUUCGGCUUGUCGAUACAGCCUGCCAAAAAACCGCCUCAACCUCCGCAGAAUCUUAAAUUACCACAAACGAUCACAAAAGUAACGCAAAAUGUCACCAAAGUAACACAGACUGCCACAAAAUUGCCCCAGACUGUGACAAAAGUGACGCAGAACAUCUCAAAAGUGCAAUCGGUCAAAACAUCCGAGACGGUGCAGAAAUCGAAGUCGAAAAAGGCCAAGGGUGAAAGCAGUGUUAGCAAGCCGAGCAGUCCGAUACUGAUUGAGGAUGACAGCCCGGAGUACUAUCCGGAGAAGUUGAAACGGGCUCCGGGUUCGAGGAAAGUUUUUAUGAAACCGAAGCAGAAGUCUACAAUGGUUGCUAGGACGAAUAAGAGAAAGUUCAAUACUCCUAAACGAGGAGUAAAAUCCCCGCUGCCCCGUUCACCGAAGCACACAUUCUCCCAAGAGGAAUGCCCAGUCUACUCUGAGCUGAGUAUGGAAGAAGUCAUCCGGAUAGUGGAAGAAAACGACAGCCUUGACGAUGAUGAUCUGAUGGAGAUACUGACCUGUCCCAGCCCGGUGUGGUGGGAGGAGCCGCCUGAUGAGAUGUAUAUUGAAGAAGCGAUUUGCUCAAGAAAGCCAGAAGAAAACGCCACCGGAAAAAAGAAGAGUCCGAUCCGUGAAAGGUGCUUAAAUACUCUACGAAACUCCUCCAAAUUGGGUAAGAAAAUCAAAACCCAAGUGUCUGAUAUACCUGCCAAACCUGCUACAACUCCAGAAUCCAUAACUGAUACUCCUGCUAAAAUAGCUACAGAAAAACCAGUCGAAGUGAAAAACGACGAUAAAUUCAUCAAGAAAAGCAAAAAGCUUGAAAACGUACUUGGCAAUAUCAAGAAUAAAGCGAGCAAAGAUACUGAUGUCAUAUCCAAGAGUAUUAAACAAGAAUUGAUAACUAAUGAAGAGAAAACACAAUCUCAAGCCGAAACUAGUGAGAAUGAAGCUGUAUUACCUGAAGCUGUGAAAUCAAAUGACGUCCCUAGUUUGGUUGAAACUAAGAAAGACGUUCCUGAAACAGUUGAAAAUGUCAAUAAAACUACCGAACCAGUGAUCAAUGUCAAGAAAGAAGUAGAACGUGCAAAGAAGAAGAAACUGUCUGAAAGUACAGAAGAUUCGUUUGGAGAUCUGAAUUGUAGAAACCAAGAGAUGCUGCUAGAUUUAGAAAACAUGGACAUUCCUGUUCAAGAGAGCGCAGCGUCACCAGACUGUAUGAUUAUUAUUGAUGACAAUACGAGCAAAGUCAUCGAUUUGGAUGAUGAUGACAAAGAACAUCAAGAUGAUAAAAAUACUGAUAAGAAAGCCACUGGAGUUAAAAAUGAAAGUGAUGCUAACAAAGAUAUUAAAGCUGAUGAAAAUCCAUCAACAAAUAUUGAUAAUCAAACAAAAUUACAUUCCGAAACAGCCAGAGAAAUCGACGCAGAAUCUCUAGUGCCAAAAAACAUGCCGCCACUCACAAAACGUCCUAAAAUCAACAACACAGCGUUCGCGUCCCCCAAUUCAUAUAAAAGCAUUUCGGAUGAUGUCACUGAAAGUUCUAGCGUUUCAAAUACUGAUGGAAUGGAUACCAUAUCCGAUACGAACAUAAAAUACAUCAUGGAUGAUGAUUUAGAUGAAGUUAUGGAUAACAACAAAAUUGAUAACAUCAAAGAUAGCAAUCAAGGAACAAAUGAUCCGAAAAUCAAUGUGAAGGAUGAAAAAUUCGAAUUGAACGAACUCACAAUUCUAUCAGACACAAACGAUCCAAAAUCUAAAGACGCGUAUAUUACUGUAUACAAAAUCAUGUCCAACGAAGAAUCAGUGAUUAAACCGACGAACAAAUUUAAAGAUAUACCAGAAUAUUCUAGCUAUGUUGAAAACUUGAUACAGGUUGAGACCAAGCAAGAAUUUAUUGAUGAAAGUUUAGAAAACGAAAUACCGGAAUUACCUGUGGAUGCGAAAGGGCAAUUGAACUCCUUUUUCAAAAAAUGCAAAUAUGCGAAUCGAAAACGCAAAAGGGUGGAUCCUAAAGACAAAAUUGUCGAUGAAACCGAAUGCAAAUCGCCGAAGAAAUCUAUCACAGUUGCUCAAGAAGACAACGUAAAAUUAUGCCUGAAAUGUUCAGCAAUAUUUGACACAGAAGAAUGCAACUUCUGCCUCAAAUCGCAGAAAGAUAGUAAGGAUGUGGACAAAAGUUAUAUGUGUGAUAAGUGUGACUAUGUAGGGGAAAGCACAAGUAAUGUGAUUGUGCAUUUGGAAGAGCAUAUGCGCUCUGUAGAUGAGGGCAAAACGUAGUUAUGUAGGAACGUGUAAAGUCCGGUCGCCGAGCACGUAGAAUUUUGUCCAAUGACCCCAAGCUAGCCAUCCUUAUCGCUCACGCGUAAU